GUUUUCAGUGUGCAUUUUAGUGUUUUUUUUAAAAGGUCUUAAGCUUUGCCAGCAUCUAUAACAUAGUUUGCUUCAACACCGUCAUGAAAAACUCAUGCAAACGUCCGGGAUGCCGUUUUGCUGUCACAACUGGCAUGCAGUGUGACAACUGCAAAGGUUGGUUUCACGAAGCAUGCACAAAUCUGACAGCAACUGCUUACAACAAACUCAGCAAGUCAGACCAAAAGUGGGUAUGUGUCACGUGCAACACGGACGCAGUAGUCUUGCUGAGUAACAUCAUUGUCCUACUGACAGGUCUUCGAAACAAGCUGUCAGUUAACUUGGAAUACGACAGUAAAAAAACCGAUAUACAAACAAGAGCGCGCAACGGACUCAAAAAUAGGGAUGUCGAUAGGUAUGUCAUCGAUGGAGCAUCCAUCAACACUAACGACGACGUGUCGAGGCUCAGUACCAUCAUUACGUCGACGGUACUAGACUCCCUAGGCAAACUCGGGUCUCCCAGCUCAGGGUCGCUGAACACAACAGUGGUUCCCAAAAACCCUGCAGGUGAUUCGACCCACGUUAAGAGAGCCCAAAAGAACCAGGCAUCACCGCCUAAGCCGAGCAACCCAAGUGUUGCUGCACGGAAAAUAACUGGUGAUUUAGUCGCACAGUCUACCCCCAAGACUGUUCGUCCGGUCAAUAAAGAGCCCAAGAUUCAAAAACGCACACUGACCUCCAAACAACAAGUUAUUAAACCUGAACCCAUCGUGAAACCUGGUAAAUUAACAACAGUUCGUGACGAUUCUCUCAUUAUCAUGAACCUCGUUGACAAUCCUGACCUUCCUCUCAGUCUGCAGGACAAAAACGACAGGAUGCUCUGGGGUGAAUUGAACAAGAAGCUCGAACUUCCUAGAAUAGAGCCUUUGACGGUCACCCGGCUCACUCGAGGAAAGGAUUCUAAGCAUCUAAAUCACCCGAGGCUUCUCCGAGUAACACUUAAGAAUGCUACCGACGUAGAGGACGUCUUGCUAGCAAGUCACUUGCUGAAAUCAGAUGGUAACGUAAGAAUAUUGCCCGACAUACCGUACUCUGAGCGCAAUAUCAUACGAAACAUCCCUAAAGAAUCUCGCGAGAAGUUUUUCCGCGGAAGAAACAUAAUUGUCAAGGUAUACCGGAAAAUGCAGACCCUACUCAAUCAAAUUCUGACAUCAGGGAAUGGAAAUUCAUCAAACAGUCCUUGAGGCUCAAACACAUACUGACUCAGCAUGUGACGAGACUAGCCAAGAAGGACGGUGAUCCUAGACCCCGUCUAAUGAAGAUAACCUUCCCAUCUUCCCACAUGGCGGCUGCAGUUCUGGAAGCAUUUCGUGCUAAUAGACGUCGAUUGCCACCUGGAAUCCACAUGCACCCGGAUAGGCCAUACGAAGCUAGGACCAAGAACAAAGGCAAGUUGGAGCUGACCAUUCCACUUGUGGACUGUCUAAACGAUAAAAAAACGUGUAAAGGACAGGGCCUACCACCUCGGCAAACCUCAUAUAGGUGGGCUACCUGUCCAUUCACAUAAGGUUCAUACAGAAAAACAGGACGAAGCUCACGCGUUCCAAAUUGAAAGCAUAAACUGCUUAUAUAUGAACGCCGCGAGUCUACCAAACAAACUGGAUGAACUACGUGAACUUAGCAACGCUAAUAAGGCCCAUCUGAUAGGAAUAUCUGAAACCUGGAUAUCUUCUCAGUUCUCGGACCAAGAGUUAGCAUUACCUGGGAUGACUUUGUUCCGCAACGACAGAAAAACAGGAAUUGGGGGCGGAGUAGCCAUAUACAUAAGCUCUUGCUUGGAGGUGCACCA